GUUAUGUGUAGAAUAUAUUAGGCCACAAGAUCCUCUAUUUCAUGAUAGUCAAGCCAAAAUAGAAAAUGAUACAAGAUACUGGCCAUUUUUUAAGAAUGCAAUAGGGGCAAUUGAUGGAACUCAUGUUCCAUGUGUGGUUACUCCUAGUGACCAAGCAAGAUUUAUUGGGAGAAAGGGUACUCCAACACAAAAUAUAAUGGCAGUUUGUGAUUGGAACAUGUGUUUUACUUUUGUACUAGCUGGAUGGGAAGGUACUGCGCAUGAUGCUCGAAUCUUCGAUCAUGCUCUCACAACUGCCAACUUGAAUUUUCCACAUCCUCCUCAAGGUAAAUAUUAUUUGGUAGAUGCUGGUUAUCCAACACCAGUGGGAUAUCUUGGUCCCUAUAGAUGCGAACGUUAUCAUCUACCGGAUUUUAGACGUCAGAAUGGGUUUGAAAAUAAUAAUGAAAUUUUCAAUUAUUACCACUCAAGUUUAAGGUGUACAAUUGAGAGAACCUUUGGGGUAUGGAAGAAUAGAUUUGCAAUCUUGCGACACAUGCCUAAGUAUAAACUGGAAACCCAAGUGCAAAUUGUAUGUGCAACAAUGGCUAUACACAAUUUUAUUAGAAGGAAUGCAGAAAGUGAUAUUGAUUUUAGCCGUUAUGAAGAUGAGAACAUAACCUUUGAAUCAGAUGAUAAUUAUCAUGGUACAGUUAACUUAGAGAAAAAUCAAGUUCUAAAUGUUAUUUCUUCAUCCAAAAUGGAUCAAGUUCGAGAUUCAAUACGAGAUGAAAUUGUACAAUUGAAGAACAAACAUUAGUAUUGAUGUUGUAGGUUAA